AUGAUUUGGUUCCUUGCAACUUUAUUAAUGUUGUUGCCUCGGAUCACACGUUAUAUUCCUCUCAGUAAAUGCAGUGUGGGAGACCCAGUCCUUAUUAAGCACAAGAAAUAUCAUUCAGAGGAUCUGGUUAUUGGUGGAAUCACUUCUCAAAUUUCCAUGUUUUCCAGUUCUAUGACAUUCAUAAGGAAUCCAUCAGAAGAAACAGUUGAUGAUUUCAUGUAUUUCAUGGCAACAUGGGCAUAUCUUGCUUCUAUGGAGCUUCUUUCUUCACAUGACAGUUUCAUUCCCAACUACAGAUGUAACAUCCACCAAAAUUUAGUAUGUGUUAUUGCGGGAUCCAAUUCUCAUAACUCUCGAGUAAUGGCAGACAUAUUGAGCAUUUACAAGAUUCCACAGAUUACAUAUGGCUCUGCCCCAGUGAUUGAUAACAUAAUUCAUGAAGUCUUCUUCCAUCAAAUGUUUCCAAAUGAACAUCUUCAAAUUAUGGGCAUUGUCCAAUUGCUGCUGCAUUUUAGUUGGACCUGGAUCGGGAUAAUUUUUCAUGCGAAUGACGUUGGUGAAAGAUUUCUGAGGGAAGAGCUCAUUAUGUUUUCUCAGACUGGAAUCUGUUUUGAUUACAUUCAAGAGUUUCCAACGGAAAUUUUUUCAGAUGAGAUGGGAGAACUACUGGAUAGUUUUCUUGAAAUAUACAAAGUCAUUAUGACAAGUACCUCCAAUGUUGUCAUUUUAUAUUCAGAAAACCAAGUGAUGGCAUUUUUCAGAAUGAUCUCUGUUUCAGAAAUUGUGGAUACUGUGGCUGUGGAGAGAAAAGACAAAGUUUGGAUUUUGCCAGCCCAAAUGGAAUACGCUUCUGUUCCAUUUCAAAGAUACAGAAGAAUGGACUUCAUCCAUGGUACUCUUUCUUUCGCAGUUUCAUCAAAAGAAUUAUUAGGAUUCAAUAGAUUUCUUCAGAUGAGAAACAAUGUUCCAGAAGAGAAAGACAGACUUUCACGAGUCUUUUGGGAACAAGCCUUUGGAUGUUCCUUGUCAACUUCAACUUUAAAGCCAAACUCAGAGAAAAGAUGUACUGGGGAAGAGAAGCUGGAGGCUCUUCCAGACUCUGUUUUUGAACUGAGCAUGACUGGGCAAAGCUACAGUAUCUACAAUGCAGUCCAUGUUGUGGCACAUGCUCUCCAAGGCAUGCUUACUUCCUACUCCAAACACAGAGCAAUGACCGGUACCGGUAUUAGUAAAAGGAAACUUCUCGAUCAUCAAGUAUGGCAGCUUCAUCACUACCUAAGAAAAGUCUCAUUUAACAACACUGCAGGAGAAAACAUUUUCUUUGACCAGAAUGGGAAGGUUGCAACUGGCUUUGACAUUAUCAACUGGGUCACCUUUCCAAAUCAAUCCUUUCUUAGGAUCAAAGUUGGAAAAGUAAAUCCAUCAGCUCAACUAGAAAGCCUUUUCUCUCUAUCAGCAGAUAACAUUGUCUGGGCCAACCUUUUUAAUCAGACACCACCUCUUUCUUUGUGCAAUGAUCAUUGCUCCUUUGGUUACAGCAAGAUCAAAAUAAAAGGGAAACCAUUUUGCUGUUACAGAUGCCUUCGUUGCUCAGAAGGGAAAAUUGCCAAUCAGACAGAUUCAGAUGACUGUUUCCCAUGUCCUGAAGAAAACUAUCCUAACAAGGAACAGCUGCUUUGCAUUAAAAAACAUACAACCUUCUUGUCUUACAAAGAACCCUUGGGAAUCACCUUGGCAAGUGUGGCUUUCUUCUUUUCUUUAAUCUCAGCCAUGGUACUGGGGAUUUUCAUUAAACAGCGGGACACUCCCAUUGUCAAAGCUAACAACAGGAACCUGACCUAUAGUCUUCUAGUUGUUCUCUUCCUCUCCUUCCUUUGUACUUUGCUUUUUGUUGGACAACCUGACCAAGUAAAAUGUCUCAUGCGACAAAUUGCUUUUGGCAUCAUCUUCUCUGUAGCUCUUUCAUGUAUAUUGGGGAAAACAACUAUAGUCGUCCUUGCUUUCUUGGCCACCAAACCAGGCUCCAAAAUAAGGAAAUGGGUGGGGAAAAGGCUGGCCAAUACUAUUGUCUUAUCUUGCUCUCUGGUGCAAGUAACUAUUUGUAGUGUGUGGCUGGCAGUUUCUCCCCCAUUCCCAGAUUCAGACAUCCACUCCAUGACUGAAGAGAUUGUCCUGGAAUGUAAUGAAGGCUCAGGCAUCAUGUUUUACAUUGUCCUUGGCUUUAUGGGGUUCUUGGCAGCCAUCAGCUUCACGGUGGCCUUUUUAGCUAGAAAAUUACCUGAUAGCUUUAAUGAAGCCAAAUUUAUCACCUUCAGCAUGUUGGUCUUUUGCAGUGUCUGGGUUUCAUUUGUUCCCACUUAUCUGAGUACCAAGGGAAAGUACAUGGUGGCUGUGGAGAUCUUCUCCAUUUUGGCUUCUGCAGCUGGAUUGCUUGGCUUUAUCUUUUUCCCCAAAUGCUAUAUUAUUGUUAUGAGGCCUGAUUUGAACAGAAAGGAAAAGCUGAUAAAGAAACAAAACUGA